AUGACAGAAAUUUGUGCGAAAUGUGAGUUUAAUACUCUCCUCUAGUCAUCUUCGUGUCUUGAUCGAAUUUCUAAGGGCUAGCCGACAAGGACGCCUACUGUAUCUACGUGAUUCUUGCCGCGCACGACCAACAAUUUGACGACGACAAGUGUCAGAAUAGGCUGUACGAACUGUGUUGUGUGCAGAUGAACAUGUGUCCGUUCUACGUCAAACAGAAGUUUGUGUGGACGUGCAUCGGAGCCGCGAUUCUGAUGAUUGCCGCGAUGAUUGUCGCGAUUUGCUACUUUUGCUGGCUGAGAAAACAGAAGAAGAAUGAGGAGGACGAAAAAUGA